GAUUCACAAGGCACCUUUACAUCGAAAACUCUUCAUAUACCGCCUAGAUUAUCUCACAAAUAUUAUCCCACAAUAUUCCCACCAAACUUUGCGAUGCACUUCCUUGAAAGGUUUUGGAUGCUAGGAGCAAGUCUUUCAGCAUGCUGCUCCGCUGCUCAUGUUACCCAAGACCGACUUAUCUCUCUCAGCAACGAAGAGUACGACGGUACCACCAAGGUCGAAUUCGUCACGAAAGCCCUCGGGCAGGCCGAUUUCUUCAAGCUUGAUCCAGCUCCGAAUGCUACCACAUUUGACUCGUGGUACUUUGACGCUAUGAAUCCCUUGACGAAUGAAACUAUCAUUUUCAACUUCGAGGUGCAGUUUCCGACUGAUAGUGCCAACGUAUCACAGUCUCUCUAUCGAGUCACGCUGUACGGAUCGUUUGCCAAUGGUACAGCCUACAGCUAUGAAGUCGAGGCUGAAAAUGUCAACAUAACGGAAAACGACGAAAACGGUACCAGAGUGGCCUACUUUGGCCGUAACGACUUCUCUUGGUCAGGUACGAGCCUCUUGAAACCGAGACCGGUCUACACGGUGACUGUUAAUUCGACUGAGGUUGGGAUCUCAGGAACUCUGAUUUUGCAGGGAAGUCUUGCCGCGCCUCAUUACUCCUGCGGCAUCGAUGCAGCAGGCGUUGAGCAGCAAACCGUCCCAGGGGUUGGAUGGGCCAAUGCGAUACCCGACGCUAACGCCACUGUUUCUAUCCACAUUCACGACACGGCCAUAUCUUUUGAAGGAUAUGGCUAUCAUGACAAAACCUGGGUUGAUCGUCCUUUUGAGACAUCGGUGCAGGCCGCAUUUUGGGGUCACGCUCGCGUAGGGCCCUACGCCGUUGUAUGGUGGCACUCGCGCACGCAAGAUGGCCUGGACAUUAGUUCUGAAUACCUCGCCCGGUGGGCAGAUGGACAAAUACUCGCCUCUCGCUGUGUUCAAAACAGGGAGAAUAACACAUUAGGCUGGGGAAAGGGUCAGAUAUGGCCGCUCGUCCCUGGUACUCCAGCACCUGCAGGUAUGAUCAUACGAUGGGAUCUGGGAGAUGAAGGUGUUUUUGCUAUGAACUUGACCAGUAAGUUGAGUACCCCACUUUCGGACCACCCCUCUUUUGGACCACCUAAAAAUAUAUAUAUAUAUGAAUUUUAAACUUCAAUAACUCAACCACUAUUCA